AUGUGGAGAAACUCUGAAACCGCCGAACCUCAAGAAUCUGAUUCGGAAGAUCUGCUGGAGCUCAAUCCAUACUUCACAGAUGAUGUUUUGCUCUGUGAUAUGAUCUUGGAGCAGUAUGGCGUGGUGGUCAUCGAUCAGGCCCAGGAGCGACGGCCAGAACUUCGACUGGUUGUCCUCACUUCCCCUUACUCUGCAGAACUGCUGCAACACUAUGGAAUUGUUUGUCAGAUCCGACUGGAAGGGCCUCAGCCAUGUGAUGUGGUGUGAGGUAGUGGGAGAGGAGGUGUGAAAGCUUAUCUCUGCUCUGCUAUUAGACUGGCUCUUGAAAUACAUCAGAAUCAAGACCAUGUGACAUUUCUGGCAACUGAGCAAGAGAUUGAAUGUGCCCAUGCCAUUUUGCGGAGAUUGGGUUCCAAUCUUGCAUUCUCUCAUGGUGAGCUGGUGCCUGUAUCUCUGUGCCUUCUGCAAGGAGACAGUCUCUCUGUACUCUCUCAGGAGAGCAAGAGCAGGAGGGUCUUCCUCUCUUGCAGCCCCACUGAGGACCUGUUCUGUGUCUUUCACAGCAUUCGCUUUGUGAUUGAUGCUGGAGUGCAAAAAAGAUAUGUGUACAACCCUAGAAUCAGAGCCAACUCAAUUGUAAUUCUAUCAAUCAGCAAGAGUCAAGCAGAGAGCCGCAAACAGCUUGCUGGGCCAACAUGUUUCUGUUUGUUUCAAGAGGACACGCCUCUUCCUGCUGAGAGUAUCCCUCACAUUCUUGAAUCUGGCAUCGCUUCCACCAUGCUUUUCCUAAAACGCAUCAAAAUUGCUGGCCUGAGUCACUGCAACUUCAUUGACAGACCAGUUGAGAUACUUCCUUUAUGAUCAGUUCUCUUUACAUUUAAAAGACAUUACAAGAAAAUGAGAGUGGUGCUUACCUGUGCAAAACCUGUAGCAACUAUGCUAGGAUGUUUGCCAGGGUGUCGCGAUACCAUUGCUGGGGUCUUCUGAAUUGAUUUUAGCAUUCAGAAAUUUAAGAUUUCUGUUUAUUUUCUAGGGUUUCCUGGGUGGUUGCUAAGGUGAUGCUAGGUGGUUGCUAGGGUAUUCUGGGUGCUUGCUUGGUGGUUGCUUACUGGCCCAAGUUAAAAAGCCACCCAAGUCUCCAAGUAAUUUUUUUGGUGCCUAGAUGUACCCAGUGUUUGGGAAGUUGUUAACCCGAUGAAUUCACUCCUCUCUUUUAGUAGCAGCAUUAUUUGAGGUAUCAUUCAUGCACCUAGCACAAAUGGUGCAGUACAGUUUUAAAUAUGAGCAAUAGUAAUAGUGAUGCAAGCCUUAGGAAGCCCCACUAAUUAUACUCUUAAUAUAAUGUCUAAUCUAUGUAGCUGUUGUAAUUUUAAACAGUGAAUAUACAGUCUGUUUCCCACACAUUCAAGCUAAUCAAUCAUUCAAAAACUUGGGCUAUGAAUCUACAGUAAGAAGUCCAUCUUUGAGAGACCUGAACACAAACAUGCUGUUCAAAAUCGACUUUUUACAGCAUCUAAGCAAAUCUGGAUCAGCCCAGUUCUCUUGGCUCACAAUAGUGAUGCAGAAGGGACUGUCCUGUGUGCUGCUGGUAUUAAGAGGUGGUGAGCCGUGCUGUAGCUGAGCCGACAGCACUCUGACUGGGCUCAUUGUUCUAGAGUUAACCUGCUUCCAUAACACCCUCCAGUCAGAUGAGUAGCCACAUCAUUAGUGGUGCUACGACAAC